GACUGAUGUGAUCUAAAGGGCAGAAAAGGUAAAGCGGCCGCAAGCCCGCGACCGGGCCCGGGAGUCGCAUCCAGUUAGGAAUCUGAAGUAAACAGUAAAGCAUGAUGUCUUCAGUAUGUUCUGAGUAUACAAUUGGUGGGGUGAAGAUUAACUUUCCUUGUAAAGCUUAUCCAUCACAGCUUGCUAUGAUGAAUUCUAUUGUCAGAGGAUUAAAUAGUAAGCAGCAUUGUUUGUUGGAGAGCCCCACAGGGAGUGGGAAAAGCUUAGCCUUACUUUGCUCUGCUUUAGCAUGGCAACAGUCUCUUAGUGGGAAGCCAGUGGAUGAAGGCUUAAGUAAAAAAGCUGAAGUACCAUUGUCGUGUUGUUGUACAUGCCAUUCAAAGAAUUUUACAAACAAUGACGUGAACCAGGGAACUUCAUAUCAUUUCAACAGUCCAAGUGCACCACCUUCUGAAAGAAAUGGCACUUUGUCAACUUGUCAAGACUCUCCUGAAAAAACUACACUGGCUGCAAAGCUAUCUGCUAAGAAACAGGCAUCCAUGUACAGAGAUGAAAAUGAUGAUUUUCAAGUAGAGAAGAAAAGAAUUCGACCCUUAGAAACUACACAGCAGAUUAGAAAACGUCAUUGUUUUGAAAAGGAGGUGCACCGUUUGGAUGCAAAAGUUGCUUCAGGAAAGACCACAAAACUCAACUCCCCAUUAGGAAAGAUAAACUCCUUUUCUCCACAAAAUCCCCCUGGUAACUGUUCUAGGUGCUGUUGUUCUACUAAACAAGGAAACAGUCAAGAUUCUUCAAAUACCACUAAGAAGGACCAUGGGGGGAAAUCCAAGAUACCCAAAAUAUAUUUUGGGACACGCACACACAAGCAGAUUGCUCAGAUUACUAGAGAGCUCCGGAGGACAGCAUACUCAGGGGUCCCAAUGACUAUUCUUUCCAGCAGGGAUCACACUUGUGUCAAUCCUGAAGUAGUAGGUAACUUCAACAGAAAUGAAAAGUGCAUGGAAUUGCUAGAUGGAAAAAAUGGAAAAUUCUGCUAUUUUUAUCAUGGUGUUCAUAAAAUUAGUGAUCAACACAUAUUACAGACUCUCCAAGGGAUGUGCAAGGCCUGGGAUAUAGAAGAAUUUGUCAGCUUGGGGAAGAAACUAAAGGCAUGUCCAUAUUACACAGCACGAGAACUAAUGAAGGAUGCUGACAUAAUAUUUUGUCCCUACAACUAUCUUCUAGAUGCACAAAUAAGGGAAAGUAUGGAUAUCAAUCUGAAAGAACAGGUUGUCAUUUUAGAUGAAGCUCAUAACAUUGAGGACUGUGCUCGGGAAUCAGCAAGUUACAGCAUAACGGAAGUUCAACUUCGGUUUGCUCGGGAUGAACUAGAUAGUAUGGUUAACAAUAAUAUAAGGAAGAAAGACCAUGAACCCCUACGAGCUGUGUGCUAUAGCCUCAUUAAUUGGUUAGAAGCAAACUCUGAACAUCUUGUGGAAAGGGGUUAUGAAUCAUCCUGUAAAGUAUGGAGUGGAAGUGAAAUGCUCUUAAAUUUACACAAAAUGGGCAUAACCACUGCUACAUUUCCCAUUUUGCAGGGACAUUUUUCUACUAUCCUUCAAAAAGAAGAAAAAGUCUCAUCAGUUCAUGGUAAAGAGGAGUCAAGAGAAGUACCUAUUAUUAGUGCUUCAACUCAAAUAAUGCUCAAAGGACUUUUUAUGGUGCUUGACUAUCUUUUUAGGCAAAAUAGCAGAUUUGCAGAUGAUUAUAAAGUCGCUAUUCAACAGACUUACUCUUGGAUAAAUCAGACUGAUACUUCAGAUAAAAAUGGGUUCUUGGUUCUACCAAAAAAUAAGAAACGUUUACGACAGAAAACAGCAGUUCAUGUACUGAAUUUUUGGUGUUUAAAUCCAGCUGUGGCCUUUUCAGAUAUUAAUGGCAAGGUUUGGACGAUUGUUUUGACAUCUGGGACAUUAUCACCAAUGAAAUCCUUUUCAUCAGAACUUGGUGUUAAAUUUACUAUCCAAUUGGAGGCUAAUCAUGUCAUCAAUAACUCACAGGUUUGGGUUGGCACCAUUGGGUCAGGCCCCAAGGGUCGCAAUCUCUGUGCUACCUUCCAGCACACGGAAACAUUUGAGUUCCAGGAUGAAGUGGGAGCACUUGUGUUAUCUGUGUGCCAGACUGUGAGCCAAGGAAUUUUGUGUUUCCUGCCAUCUUACAAGUUAUUAGAAAAGUUAAAAGAACGUUGGCUCUCCACUGGUAUAUGGCAUAAUCUGGAGUUGGUGAAGACAGUCGUUGUAGAACCACAGAGAGGAGAAAAAACUGAUUUUGAUGAAUUACUGCAGGUGUACUAUGAUGCGAUCAAGUACAAAGGAGAAAAAGAUGGCGCCCUCCUGGUGGCAGUUUGUCGUGGUAAAGUGAGUGAGGGUCUGGAUUUCUCAGAUGACAACGCCCGUGCUGUCAUAACAAUAGGAAUUCCUUUUCCAAAUGUGAAAGAUCUACAGGUUGAACUAAAGCGACAAUAUAAUGACCAGCAUUCAAAAUUAAGAGGUCUUUUACCAGGUCGUCAGUGGUACGAAAUUCAAGCAUACAGGGCCUUAAACCAGGCCCUAGGUAGGUGUAUUCGACACAAAAAUGAUUGGGGAGCUCUUAUUCUAGUGGAUGAUCGCUUCAGGAGUAACCCAAGUCGAUACAUAUCUGGACUUUCUAAGUGGGUUCGGCAGCUGAUUCAGCACCAUUCAACCUUUGAGAGUGCACUGGAGUCCUUGGCUGAAUUUUCCAAAAAGCACCGAAAGGUCAUUGAUGUAUACAAAGAAGACAGAAAACCUAUACAGGACAAUGAGUCUACGCUUGCAGUGGCUUGUUUGAAGGAUAAUACCUCAACUUAUUUAUUAGAAGCAGCAAGCCAUCUAUCACCAGAAUAUCCUAGGGAAGAUGAUCCAUUAUUAUUGGAAGAGUCUGCCCAGGCAGUAGGAGCAGAAAAAAUUGUGAUUUCCAGAUCCACAAGCCCAACCUUCAACAAACAAACAAACAGAGUUAGCUGGUCUGGCAGUAAUUUUCCGGAACAGUAUCUUACUGGUAAAAUUCUGACUGGAACACGUAAGUUUAGGUCAUCAGAGGACUGUGCCUCUAAUUCUUCCACUUUCAAAACAGAAAAGGGACAUGAAGCAGUUUUGCCACUCACUGAUAAAUAUGAGUCCUCCUCUCUGACAAUAAACACAACACUUGGACCAUCCCCUCAAUCAGAAACCAUUGUUCCAUCAAUAAAGAUUAAUGCUGCUCUCCCGAAUCCAGAAGAUCCAGACGUUCAGUUGUCUCUAGUAAGUGAAGAAGCUGAACUUUCUACUUCAAAUACAGCUUUUGAAACAGAAGCAGAGGAUGAAUCUAUCUAUUUUACACCCGAACUUUAUGAUCCCGUAGAUACAAAUGAAGAAAAGAAUGAGCUAGUUGGAACUGAUAGAGACAGCAGAUUGGCUAAUAAUUCAAAUUGCAUUUUAGCUGAAGAUCUUUUUGAAAUUAAAACUAUGAAAGGAGUGGAUUCAGUCAGAGAAAUGAAGGCUGAGGAUUGCACAGGCACAAAGUUGAAGAGUGUCAUGCAUAUUAAAGAAAGUCAAGUUGAUGAUGUUGGUAGUAAUGUAAAAAUGACUCAUAUAAACGAAUUGGAACUGGGAAAGCACUCAUGAAACGGAUAUAAAGAACUUUAAACAGUCUCCUUCCAAAACUAAAGAUGUGUUCCCUGGUGUUAGGUAAUAAUACUUAACUGUCAAGGUAUAAAAACAUGUCGUCAUGCUUAUAUUAAACUCUACUGUAAAUGAUAAUUUGUACAUUGGAUAAGUGAUAUCGCUUUUUUUAAAAUUUGAGACAUAUAAUUCACUUUAAUCCAAAGUCUAUAUUAUGUUCAGAAAUAUAAGUUUUACUAUUCUCAAGUUUUGAUAAAUUGAUUCAUAAAAAAUAUUUUCCUCCAAGUCUUCCUUAGCCAAAUGCAAUAUUAAAUUAAUAAAUCCGGAAGAUAUGUAGUUUCCUAAGGCACUUUAAAUUUCACAUAAAUAUUUGUAUUUUGUAGUCCUCUUCAUCCAUUUGUUUUCAUACUGAUGCCUGAAAAUUAAUAGCAUUGUAAUCCAGUCACCCCUCAGUCAUGUUUCACUGUAGAUUUUACCUCAGAUCAGUCUGAGGGUAUUUUUUGUUCGUUUUUUAGAAAUCAGUUUUCUUGAAAAGUAUAUUCCUGUAUUAAACUGCCUACUUAUAAGUAAUUAAGAAUUAAGGGGGCUUCCCUGGUGGCGCAGUGG